AUGGCUGAGCUGAAGAGCUGGAUGACAACUGUUGUAACCUCGUCAUCUUGCAGGAUAAGCACAUACAAACAUAGCUGGCUCAAGAAAAGACAGGGCAAGCGGAAGGCAACACUGGCUCUUCCUCGCUUUUCUUAUCCUGCCCGAUAUCAAGGCGUACUGAGUCAUGAAUCCCUUCGUGAAACCAUAAAUACCACCUUUGUCGCCUCAACAGAAAUGGCCUGCCAGAAAGCGAAUCUGAGCAGUCUAUGGUCAGAUGCAUAUCUGGCUUGGGUGAACAGCUGGCUUUCGGUUCCAUGGAAUGCUUCAGAGAACACUGAAGAUGCCAUGUCAGUUGAGGAGAUGGUCAAAUUCUUUGGGGAAAAGUACCUCAUCCAUCUUCUUAACAAUGAUAAUCUGAGACGUAUAAUUACCUCUUUUCGUCGUCGAGCUGAUGCCAAUAAGCUGCUUCUUGGAGUUCCUUCCGGUAUAUCUGUCGAAUCGGUACAACAGACGUCAGGAUGUCUCGCAAUCAAGAAGAUGACUGAACUGGAGAGUUUGGUUAACAGCAAAGAAAAUGAAUGGAAUCCAGGCGACAUAUUCACCGCUGAGCAUCUGCAUACAGCCGUGGCUGAACUUGUGCUUCUAAACGGAGAUGAACAGCCGCCUCCUGACACCUGUCAGGGUCCUAUGCCUUCUCUCGCCACUGUGCAGGCCCCUGAUCGACGGCCUGAUCCGAACUGCGAUACGCAGCCUUCCGUGUAUCACCAGUUAUACCCAUCCAAUGAGCAGAUAAAGCUGCUUUCUGAUGCAAGGUACUUCUUUGCUAUCGCCUGCGCAGGAAGGCUGUGCGACGACGGUCUAGCAAGAGCUGCAGCAGAGGCAGGCAACGACAUCUUGAUUGCUGAUUACUGCGAGGCGGCAGACGAGAAAUCAUUAGCCAUGUUGCAGGACGUGAAGGCAGCAGCUGUCGCAUUCCUCAAGAUGUGCAAUUUGGCAGGAGUAGUCACCGACUGGCAAUUCAACAAUCUUGUCGCUCUGGCAAUCCAGUUCUCGGUCCUUGGCUAUUAUAGAGAUCAUUCACGGUCUCGCCGGCCCGAUGGCGUUUAUGGCAGCCACAUGACAGACAUUCUGGCACAUCGCUAUAUCGAUUUGGCCAUCUACGUGGGUGUCAUGACGGCGUCAAUGGGUACCGGGGAGCAGAUAUCCAGGGAACAGUAUCACCUGCUAGCGGAGGCGUGUUGCUACAUCAACGAUAUUAUCGACGUCCGCAGCGAUGCAAUGCGGAAGUCAAGAGAAAGCGUUAUCUUGCGGGGGAUUCGAGGUAACCUCUGCAAAUACCUCGACAAUAUUAUAUCGUCCUGCUUGCAACGCGCUGCCAUGGCCAUACGGUCCAGUCCUGUUAGUGCUCUGGUUGUCAUGGGUUGUUGCAACUGGAUGCUCAUGUCGUCCCAACACAAAGCAUACGAACUUUUCCAUGGGGUUCAGGAACGGAAGGAUGGGAAAAUCUGUGACUAUGUCUCAGCGUCAGAUGGCUCUUAUCAACAGCUAUUGGAGGUUCUUGAUGAGUACGGUAGUUUGGGCGAGAAUGGACCGAGUGUUGCGAAACGACGAGCGGAUAUGGACCUGCUGUACCAUACCUAUCGGAGUCUCCCACAAACACAUACAGCUUGGCUAGCAGACAGCACACGAAGCCUGCUUAAUCCUGUAUCUCUGCGCAGGAUUAUCGAUGUUGUUCAUUUUGACUGGCACGGGGACACUGGUGAUGUUGAGUACUGCCCCUGA